AGGCAGUAAAUAAGUAUCUACCUACACGUUGUACGACUUAAAAUGACAGUCUAUAAUGAACAAUUACCUACCUUCUUCGUUAAAAAUUGAAAAAUGUCUUAUAAAAUUUUCAAUAUUUUUUUCUUACGCCAGCGCCAAUGAUGAGGGAAAGUCAAUACAUUUAUACGUACCUACUUUAUCUUUCUAACGAUAGCAUAAGUAAAUAAUUACCUACAGUACUUACGCACAUUUAGUACCAAAUACCUACAAUCAAAUCUUUUGGCAGAACAUUAAACGUAUAUUUUUACCAACUGCUGAAUUGUGCCACAAAAAACUUCUUUUUUCAGAAAUUUUCAAGCAACAUAAAAAAUGAACAUCAACCGCGACAUAGUCAGUGCUAUUUUAACCCACGGACAUGGCAAAAAAUCCUCAUUCGAAAUACUUGACUGGCGCAUCGAUGACAUCGCCGAGACAACCAGCAACAACUACACGACUCAAAUAUCUCGAUUAAUCAUACGUUAUCGAUCACCUGAAGAAGAUGAUUCUGUUCCAAAAGAAAAAAUCUGCUUCGUCAAAGUUCCUAUCGCUGGACCUCUUAACGACUUGAUAGUGUCGUCGGGUGGCUAUGAAAAAGAAACUCUCAUGUAUACCGAGGUAUUACCUCGAAUGUAUACCAUCGAGAAGGAAUUUUUUACGCCGAGACUGUAUUACUCUGACGAUAAAAUGUCGCUGGUGCUGAAAGAUUUAACGCAAUCUGGAUAUAAAUGUGCCGAUCGUGUACAAAAAUUAGAUGUUGAGCAUUGUAUCUAUGCUCUCAAAUGCCUGGCGAAAUUUCACGCUCUAUCUGUAAAACUAGAAACCACCAAUGGUCUUCCAGAAGUGGUUAAAUGCAAUGCUCACAGCAGUGCUACGGCUGAAAAGUUUAAUAUUUUUAUCACACAACAAAUGCCUCAGUUUAUCCAUUCAUUGCCUCAAGAUCUCAAAGAAAGAUAUCCAGGUGUGAUCACCUAUUUGAAAUAUUUGUCCAUCGAAACGGUAAUAAACGCUCUAAAUGAUUCUUCGUUUGAAAAGUUCAAUGUUCUAAAUCACGGCGAUUUAUCCAUCAAUAACAUUAUGUUCAAGUACGAUAAAUACGGAAUAGUUAGAAAAGCCAAGCUGAUCGAUUUUCAAUUUACUUCUUGGAAUAGUCCAGCUAAAGAUUUAACGUAUUUUUUUAUUACUUGCAUGGAGUUUGAAGAAUACGAGAGAUAUUUCCCUUUACUGCUCGGCAUUUAUUUGAACACACUGAAUAAAAUUUUGCACCAGCUAGAGUGCCCUACGUAUAAUAUGCAGAGUCUUCUCGAUGAAAUGAACACAAUACAUGCUUACGCGUGGUACAUAUUGAGCUGCUCGUUACCUUACCUAAUACGCGAUCCAAGUUGCUCCAUCGAUACCAAGUUUGAACAAGAACACUAUCGACACAUUUCAGUCAAGUGGUUUGAAUAUCUUGCUCGAAAAGGUGAGACGAUAUUUAACGAGUACGUAUAUAAAAUGUAUUGUAGGGGGCCAUCUCGUAACCUUUUCUAGAUUAAUCAGCAAACUCAUAACGUUUUGGAAAACUCGUAACUUUUUUAGGACGUAACUGCUAUGAGGUGCCAUAUGAAUCUACAAGGUGUGGGGAGUAUACUAGCAAAGUUUGAGCAGGGACGUGAGAUUGCUGUACAUACAAUUCCACUUUUGACUCAAUUUUUAAAUGAGUACAUUCCCUAAUUAGUGCAUGUUAACAUGUAUGAGGACAUGAGGAAAAGGUGUUUGUUGCCAAGAAUCUUUUUUUUUUGUUUUUUUUGUUGUGUUUUUUUUGGUGAUUUUGGUGGUUGAAGAUCUACUUCUCUUUCACAUGGUGUGGUCAAAAAUCGUCUAAAACAAAUUUUUGACUGCUCAAUUUCAAUUUAGAGUUGAUUAUACAGGUCUAAAUUUUUGUGUUUUACAACAUUAACAUUGAUUUUAUGGGAAAAGUAUGCAUCCAAGAAAAAAAAUGCAAGCAUGAAAAUUGUAGAGAAUAAUAUUUUCUUUCUGCUUAGAGCUGGUUAUUUUUCUGUAGGAUGCUUUGUUCAAAAGAUAUUUGCGAAAAACCAAGACGUAUGGGACUUGAAAAAAAAAGUUUUCCUGAAAAAUUGAUGUUUAUGCAAUAAGCAACUUUUCCACAGGGCCUCCAAAAAUGAAGUUAACGAAUAUAACGCGGACUAACAUCAAGUAUACAUAUGUGACCCCGCCUGACAAAAUCGACCAUUUCGACAAAAUUUCAAAAAAUGUUUUUUUUUUUUAAAAAUCUGAUCUUUCAACCCUUAAGAUUCAUUUUAAACAUCAUUAUUUUGAACACUUUUUUUGGUCGAAAUGGUCGAUUUUGUCAGGCGGGGUCACAUAUACUUGCUAUCAGGCCUAUGGGGCGACGCGUCGAGCGCAUGCACAGGCACAGCAACGAAGUUACAGAGGGUGCUUGAGAUUGUUGUUUAUAUGUACAAAACGUUAUGAGUUUGCCUGUAUGCGGCUAUACAUAAAUAGACCUAUAUGAAACUGUUAAGGAACAAUUCCUUAUAAAACAUUCGGUGGGGAAAUGAUUUUUUUUUAUAAACAGGUGCAUAAUGCAUAGAAUGAACACUUGUCUCAUUUUUUUUCAAUCCUUAGCUUGCUCAAAUAAUGGAAUAUUACAACAAAAGAACCAAGAAAUCUUUAAUUAUUCACGAUUUUUCUUAUUUGUAGGCCCUAUUUUAUCCACAUUAAGUAAAUUAUGAAUACGCCAUAACGUGAGUAAUGACAAAAUUCCAUAGGUAGGUAUUUGUAAGCUAAGAAUCCAUGCACAAACUGAAUAAGAUAACUGAUGUGUAUUUAUUUAAUUUCAGCAUAGAUAACUUAUCUCCAAAUUACGUUAAUUAUCGAACACGAUUUUUGGCGAUUUUUAAUCUCAACUCUUUGCCCAUGCAUGACAUGAAGUCAAAGCUAAUACACACGUCCCUAGCCUAUGUCUAUCUUCCAAGAAUAACAUAAGUCACAUACAUUUUGGUGUCUGUAGGUUGCUCAUCGACUGUCAAUUAAUACGCGUGAAAAAGUAAGUUAUCAUCAGAAUUAUUUAAAAUUAAGGCAUUCAUUUCAUUUUUUUUUUUAAAUUCCGUGAUUAUAUAAAAGUAUCCAUAAAUAGCUCAAGUUCUGAAGAAUCCUAUACCAAAUAACUUUUGAACAUCAAAAAGUACAUUCAGUGAAGAUGUAAAAAUAUUUAAAAAUUACAGAUAGGGUGCACUAAAAAUCCUUAAAAUUUGAUGUUUCACGCGACAAUUAUUGAUCAGGUGAAUGAAUAGGUAGAAGUACUAAUAUUUUUGAUUAGUUCCAAUAAUUUUGAACCGUUUCUAGUGACACUGAAUUCCUUCGGGAAUAAAAUUUUUACUUGACAAGACGAUAUUAAAACCGAUAUGUGUACCUAAUACUUUGAUUUUAUCACCAGAUGAUAAGCUUUAAGUAGGUUGACUAAAUUAUAUUUUUCAAAUCUAUAAAUUGUACCUAUAUAAUUGCUUUGUAUAUCGCACGACGUUUGGACAUAUUUUCAAAUUAAAAUUCCUAUGAAAUUAUGCGAA